AUGAUGAUGAACAGCUAUGUUAGAAUAAAAAUUUCAAGCAUCAAAUAUGUUUCUGAAAUAAAUCUUGCUGCAUCUGCAAUUAAGUAUUCUAUUGCUCGAUUAAAACUUAUAAUAGAUAUUGAUAAUCAUAUUACUGGUAUUGAAAGUUUAGUGAUUGAACCUAAACCUUUACCUGAUGGAUUUUUAAUUUUAGCUUUUGAUAAUGAACAAAAAGGCCAAAAAAAUUAUUUAGAUCAGGAUCACAAUACAGUUGUAUAUCAUACCGUAACUAGUUUUGUAGCUCUUAAUUUUGAUACAAAUAAUAACAGCCAAUUAGAAAUUGAUCCGUGA